AGAGAUAGAGCGUUGGGAAUGGGAAAGGCGGUGGGCAUUGGGAAAGUGUUUUCGUGUUUCAUGAACUCCAGAGCUUCCAGUUCGUGCUUCGAAAUUGAAGGCACUUUCGAGCCCAAACAGCCAUUAAUGCCUAACCAACCUAACUCACACCUUCUCAGAUUCAACGAUGUGAUCUCUCAUACCAACCAGCAAACCAACCCCAAGGUGGUGGAGCUGAGGGUGUCAAUGCAUUGUAAUGGCUGUGCCAGAAGAGUUGAGAAGAACAUCGGCAAGAUAGAAGGCGUUGAUUCAUUUAAGGUAGAUUUUGAAAGGAAGACGGUGGUGGUUACGGGAGAUGUUUCUAGUUUUGAAGUUAUACAAUGCGUUUCUAAAGUGAGAAGCGUAGAGAUUCUGGAACAUCAAGAAUGAACACAAGGAAAAAAUAAAGUAAAUAUAUGGGGAAAGCAGCAAAUUAGAGGGCGGAAAGUUUACACUUUUCAGGGGCGCUGAAAGGUCGAGAAAUGGAUGAUUGGGCAGCACGUUGCCUUCUCGAUUGUAGCCGAUUGGACAUAAGCGUGCCACACAGAAUCAUACCCCACUAAUUUCUUUGU